AUGAUGAAUAAUCCAACAGAUGAAAUCGAAGUCUCUUCAUCAUCUAAAAACAUCAUAUCAGCUACACGUUCAUACUCAAUUCGUGUUACUCAGCAAUUAAAUUUAUUUUCUGAUAAUCCAUUUUGGUCAUCAACAUUAAGUGUUUCUGAACAAAUUCUUAGUACUCGACUUUUCCUUGUAUUAAUUUCAAUAUCUUUAUUAACUGUUAUUGGUUAUGCUAGUUUAACAAUUCGAACAUAUGAUGUAACUCUAAAUAAAUUUUCUUUAUCUGAUUUUGAACGACUUGGAGUUCUUUAUCGAAGUACAAUUAAAGCUCCAUGUACUCAAGUAUCAAUACCUUUUAAUAAAGUUUUGAAUUUAUCUUCUCAAUUUCAUCCAGUAUGUUCAAGUCCAUUUAUACGAAGAAAAUGGAUAUCUUCUUUAUUUCUUUUCAAUGCAACAUCUCAUAAUAUUUUGGAUUAUCGUACAUUUGCUUUUGCUCAAUUUCGUUCUCUUCGUUUACUUUGUCAUUUGUCACGUCGAGCUGUUAAUGAUGCAUGUCGUGCAUUUAAUACUACGCAUUUAAUUGAGCGUAAUGCUUUUUCACGAGCUCGAUUUAAUGAAAUAGCUUCUAUUCUUGUUGCUAAUCUUAAAAGAAAUGUUUUGACUAAUGAAAAACGAACUGCAAAUGUAGUAUCGAUGAUGACAGCACAGAAUCGAUUAUUAUCAGCUUUACGUACAAAUUAUUACAUUCAUUCUGUACCUGGUUCAAGAAACUAUAUAACAUAUAAUGUAGUUUAUUUAGAAAAAAAUGGAACAGAAAAAUCAUCUUGUGAUUGUAGACUAAAAGGAAAUCAAUGCACAUAUCCAGCUGGUGCUUUUUAUAAUUGGACUUUACCGGAGCUAGGAAAACCAGCUAAAAAUGAUCCACCACCUGAAUUUCAGAUUCCUGGACUGAUGGCUGGAUGUAUGCCACUUGAUUCCAUACGUCAAUCAACUCUUGAAUGUUUAUAUAAUCAAUCAUGUAUAAAUGCAAUAUCACUUCAACCAAAAAUUUCUCAACCAAAAGCUUUGAAUACAUCUUUAUCACGAUUUUCAAUAAAUUUAACAAUAGGUUCAAUGUUUGAUGAAUCUUUAUUUGUUGAAUUUUGGCAACAUCAAUCGAGUUUUGAAAAUUAUUUCGUUGCUUGUGCACCUCGAUCACUUUCGUAUAGUUAUGAAAGUCGAUUUCAUAUUGGUACAAUUAUUACUAUGAGUCUUAGUGCUUUCGGUGGUCUUGUUCUUGUUUGGCAAUUAAUUACACCAGCUCUUGUUCACAUUUGGAAACGAAUUCAAUGGAAAAAACUACAAGCUCAUAAAUUUACAACUGCACAAAAAACUGAUGUAGAGAUAGAAAUUACGAAAAUGGUGCCAAAACCAAUAGAUAAAGGUUAG